UACUAGACGGGGGCGGGGCCAUCGAAACGGGGGAUGAGAAAGAGAGAGAGACUAAUCGGCCUUGCGUGUUACUUCAGGUCAUUUGUAUCCGGCUUCGAUGGAAGGGUGGUAGAGAAGGCGCUAGAAAGAUCUUUAAGCGCACCUGCUUGCAUCGGGCCGGAUCCACCGCUACAGGCAGCUAAUCUGAAGCACUUUACACAUCGCACGAUUCGUUUUUUUUAUUCUGUUGGAUAGUCAGACGCACGUUGUGGGCUUUCCCUUGUCUUUUCAUCCUCCACCACCUUCUUCAAUCUUAAGAAGCGCUGUCCCAUGCUGGGCAUUUUGAUGGGAACUGCCAUAAGGAGUAAUAAAACAUGAGUGGCGUCUGUAAGGUGGGAAAAGCGGUCGAACACACUAACUGAAUUCCGGACAUUUGCUUCAUCUAAUCUCCCCGAGGCACUGAUAAAGACAGGAAGGGCUGUGCUGUCAAGAGCUGGGUCGUGAUCGCGAGACGAAAGCUUCUCCACAUCUUCUACCUCCAUAGAGAGCAAGGCAAAAUGAUGCAGAUCUCGGAAUCCCACAACCAAAAACACUCGCUCCUCAAUGCAAUGAACAGGUUCAUCGGAGCGGUGAACAAUAUGGACCAAAUUGUUAUGGUGCCGAGUCUUCUGAGAGACGUGCCUUUGGAGUAUGAAGGAAAAGAUGAGGUGAACAACCCUGUGAGCAACGGCGGAGCCGCCAACUUCUUUUCCUCCUCCGCCUCUGAACGGGACAUGUAUAGCAAUUACGUGCUGCUCAAGUCCAUACGCAACGACAUCGAGUGGGGCGUCCUGCAGGGAGACGAGCGCAAAAAGGAUAAGAUGGUGCUGGAGGGCGACGAAGGCGACGAGAAUCUGGAGAAGCUCUUCCACUUCCACCUAAACGGGCUGCACAGCGUGCUGUCAAAGCUGACGCGCAAGGCCAACACCCUGACGAACCGCUACAAGCAGGAGAUCGGGAUCGGAGGCUGGGGACACUGACAACCGCAGUCAACCAUCGUGUUCUGCGCGACAUCAUAGUGUGCUGUAGGUAGAGAACCGCACAUUACCUCAGCAAAAAAAAA